CGCUUCAGCCGACGCCGCCGUGAGUCGAUACGAGAGCGAGUGAGCCGGCCCCAGCUGAUCAUGGACCACGUCGUCGUCCUGCGCAGAUUGUUCGCAGCAAGCCUGACGCCUUGGCCUGCCCAAAGCCGACGUGUGUCACCGCCAGCAAAGGGAUCCACUGCUCCUGCCCCAGGUCGUACAUGCAGCCUCGCCCUGGCCCCGGUCCUGGCCCUCUUCCUCACAAGCCUCCUUCUGCGCGCGACGUCACGAAGCCCCUGAUUAGGGCGAGGGACCUUCUACCCGCUCUCUUAGAAAAACGAUGCGACAACCUAAAAUGCGACUCCGACGGCCGCAAGCCGACAUGCUUCUGCCUCGACCCACCUCCCCACACCAUCACGGCGACCAUGUCUCGAGAUGAGGGCGUGGCGCGGGGUGAACAAGCGUCCGGCGUCUCGGCCAGCUCUCUCUGGCACGCUCGCGAUGAGACGCCCCCUAAGAAUUCGUGCAAGAGGCUCAAGUGCAUGGGCAAAGGCAUCGGCCGGAAAUGCUACUGCGCCGACCCUCCCGUUCGACGAGACGGUGCCAAGCGAGACGAGGAUCUGCAGAACCUUGCUCGAAAUCUUGAAGAGUUGCUCGAGACAAGUGAGCGCGCCGUCAAGGAGAGUGUCAAUGCUGCUGGCCGUGGGGAUGCUUUCGACAAGGACGAGGUUGCCCACCAGAUCCCCGGCGCUAGAGGACUUGAGAAGCAAAAGGCUGCCCUUGCCCGCUAUGGCCUCACCACCGAACAGUCCAGCAAGGCUGAGGAGCGUGGCUUUACGGUGCCCACAAAGCUCGGCGAAGACGCGUCCGUCGCUGGGCGAUUCGUCGGCCUUGAUCCCCGCGGGUGCCAGUGGAUCUGCUACCAGCCUGGCGUGACCGCUUCUUGCCAGUGCAAGUGGCCUCCCGCCGUCAGGGGACAGGCCGACGACGAGAGCGAUGCCACUGCUCGCGCCAUCGAAGGAGCCUUUGAGCCUGAGGAACGCGACGAUGAGCCUGUCCAUCGAGCUGCCCUAGUGUCCGGCGAGCUCUCUGAACUCGACGGCCACCAGUAGCGCCCUGUCCGCCGCGUCGACCGCACGUGGGACGUGGCUCGGAAAGGGGACGAGGCGCUGAUUGCCUCGUUACAUUGCGAUCAUUCUGUUAUCAGCUUCUCGCUUUGCUCCUGCCUUACAUCUCUCGACUUCACACCUCCAGCACAGAGGGCGCAAAGAGGAUAAAG